UAGAUGUAAAGCGCCGGAGGUCGGUUUUGUGCUAGCUAGACGCGAGGUUUUUCGGUUCUAGGCAAACUGGAGAAAAUGGCUGUAGAAUCCAGGGUGACCCAGGAGGAGAUCAAGAAGGAGCCCGAGAAACCUAUUGACCGCGAGAAGACCUGUCCUCUUCUGUUGAGGGUGUUUACGACAAACAAUGGGAGGCAUCACCGGAUGGAUGAAUUUUCCAGAGGAAAUGUUCCUUCUAGUGAGCUGCAGAUCUACACCUGGAUGGAUGCAACUUUGAAGGAGCUCACCAGCCUAGUUAAAGAAGUUUACCCCGAAGCUCGUAAAAAAGGCACUCAUUUCAAUUUUGCUAUUGUCUAUCCAGACCCAAAACGACCAGGAUACAGGGUGAAGGAGAUCGGCAGUACUAUUUCAGGGAGGAAGGGAUCGGAUGAUUCUAUGACUUUACAGUCGCAGAGGUUCCAGAUUGGAGAUUAUCUGGAUAUAGCAAUAACACCACCUAACCGAGCUCCACCCCCAUCAGGGCGUAUGAGGCCAUACUGACAACAUACAUGUGGGGUUUUUUUUGUUUUUUUUUUACGAACUUUUUUUUUUAUCCUUUAACACUUGCAGAUGUAGAAACCAAAUUUGUUUUGACUAAAGUUCAUAUAAUCUGUGCAUUUUAAACAGCCAUAAAGUUUUAUUAACAUUUCUUGA